GGAAGGAUGUUGACGUGUUUCCGUAGGCUUUAGACCGGGGUAACUUGUUUCCUGAAGUUUUUAACUUUCACACCAAACUCCUGGAGCUUGUUGGAGGAUUGUAGAAGGAUUGUAGCCGGAUUUCUUUGGGGUUUUACGGCUUUUUGUUUCCCUCUGAGCCUCUGAUGGAUGGAGCCGCCAUACGAGAAGAUGAGCUCCAAGAAUGGAGACACAGAGGUGAGCCUGCAGGCCGAGCUAGCCGAGUGCCGAGCUCAGGUGGAGCACUGGCAGGGCAUGGCGACGAUCUGCGAGCUCAGCAAACAGGAGGAAAUGGCCGAGCUGCAGAAACAAUAUGAUCAAGAGAUCCAGUCUCUGCAGGAGGCGCUCAGAGAGACGGCCGCUCAGUACGAGGCCAGGAUCUCCGUCCUUCAGUCCCAACCUGUGGAGUGGAGGAGAGCCGGUGGACAGAACAUGAUCAGCGGAAGGAGGGGCAGGGUGGAGGAGGUCUCCAGGAACGAAUCCCCGACCCACAGCAGCCUGGCGGAAGACGAGACGCCGAUGGAGAGGACCAGCGUCCAGCCGGCCGAGCUGGAGGCGGAGGCCGAGGGCGCCGCCCUGACCACCGAGGGCUAUUUUUCACUACGCAACUGCGACUCGGCCUCGUUGUCGUCCUUCUCCAUGGACACGCCCUCCCUGCCCAGGAAACGCGCUCAGGAAGACACGGACUCUCUGGUCUCCACGGGGACACUGGUCCCUGAAGCCAUCUACCUGCCCCCCCCGGGACACCGGCUGGUCACACACGGAGACUGGGACGCUCUGAACGCUCAGGUGUCGGAUCUACGAGGGGAAGUGAGUCGGCUUCAGGCUGAGAAGGAGGAGCUGGAGAAGGAGCUGGACACACAGACCAAGCACACACAGAAACAGGUGUCCAUGCUCCAGUCUCAGGUCCAGACCUCAGAGAGUCUCCUCCAGGAUGUACAGAAAUCUUUUAGCCAAUCUCAGAACGCGGUGGAGAGUCAGCUGGCAGAGUUGUCCCUGUUCCAGAAGAAGAUGUCCACCGAGUUGUCCAGACUGAAGGGACAGAAGACGUCGGAGGAGCAGGAGGAGGAGGCGCAGCAGGAGGAGGACGUCCCCUCCUUCACCUCCAUGCUGCAUGGGGCGCACUGCGAGGAGCGUCUCCGCAUCGAGAUCGUCAACCUGCGGGAGGAGCUGGACUCCAGGAAGGAGGAGAACGAAGUUUUAGAAGUGCAGUUUUCCAGCCUGAAGACGGAGACGGAGCGGAUCCAAGGCGCCAAGGAGCAGAGGGAGGCGGAGCUUCUGGCCUGCCGCAGGGAAAUGGACGCCCUGCGGGUGGCGCUGUCUCACGUACGGAGCACGAACAAGACACUGAGCGCUGAGAAAGCGGCUCUGAACCAACAGAGUCUGGAGCUUCGGAGUCAAGUGAUCAGCCUCCGGUCUCAGCUGGACACGAGUCAGUCGGUCCAGAGGGACUUCGUCCAGCUCUCACAGUCACUACAGGUGAAGCUGGAGUUGAUUCGUCAGGCUGAGAGUCUGGAACAAGUCAGAAAGAUCCUGGAGGAGGAGGAGGUGGAGGAGGUGGUGGAGGAGGGGGAGGGAGGAGGAGGAGUAAAAGUUUCUCCUCCCGCAGACGCUUUGUGAGUUUCAGGAACUUUCAGGAACCAAAGAAUCAACUCCCUCCUCCCGGACUCUUUUGUUCCUCGUGACACUGGAAACACUCGUGGACAAGAAACGUGACCAAACCACAUUUAUUCCUCCACUAAUAUAAAUAUACUGUUUAUAGUAAAACACUCAACUGUCCAACACUUGAUUUUGCACUCUGUCCUCAAUUAAUCCUUUUAAAUCCUUUGUAAACUCCAUUGAAUUAUUAUUAUCAUUAUUAUUAUUAUUAUUAUUAUUAUUACAUAUCUGUCUUUAACAUUCCUGUAUUUACUUUACCUUAGAUGAUGAUUGUGGGUUAAAGUAAAGAAAUUACAUCUUG